AUGCUGUUAAGUGGUGGUGGAAGCUAUGAUGAAAAUGGAGAUGGUCAAAAAAUCGGAAUAUGGUUUGAGCUUAAUAAUGAGUUUAAUGAAUAGAAAAAUAUAAUGAUUACGUAUUGA